AUCAGGAAGAGAAGAUGAGGUGUUUUGUAUUUCAAAUGGGGUGGGAUAAAGGGCUUUUAUAGAGUUUUUUUGUGACAUUUUACCCAUUAUAUUGGACCUGAAGGGAAUGGAGGAAACGGUUAACGAAGAAGACGCCCAAAAGCGCCCCAAUCGGGAGGAAAAUUCCAAAGAAAAGACGAGAAAUUCUAUAACAUCUAAGCAUGUUGCGGUGUUCUCAUUUCUCGUUGGGAUGCUAAGUGUUUUGGUCUACUUUAUUGUGGUCGAUCCCCUCCUCCUACCACAGGACAUGUCAAGCAGUUUCUACGAUAUUUAUGCAGCUGGUGCAGAUAACAUCAGUCCACAGGUGCUGGAUCUUUUUAUGAGCUACGAUGAAAACCUCGAUGGAAAAAUUAGUGUAAAGGAAUUUGUCCCGAUUGCUGAACGACUUCAAGGAACUCAGGAAAGUCAAUUCUUGUCAACGCCUCUUGUUGAAGAGGAUUGGGACUGGAGUGGAGAACAAGUGACUCUAAAUGGUUCCUUCAAACCUCUUGUUCUAUCUAGCAUGACUAAGUUUUCAAGUUCUCCAUAUCCUGGAUAUGAUAAGCCAAUAGAGGGAUUGAAGGCCUGGACAAAAAUGGUCACUCCACAAGCAACAUUUCCAGUUAAUGCAUUUUCCAUCUUUCUUCCGCCUGACAACACUCAAGUAGGAAYGCCCUGGUACAUCAUUGAACCACGAAUCUCAAAAUAUGGUCCUACGUUGUCUAGUAAUCGCUACAUCCCUCCACCAGUACGAGGAAAGGCAGGCAUCAUCCACCAUCUUCUUGCCAUGUUUCACCCCAGACCUUUUAUUUACACAAGGUUUGGUCCACAAGGGACAGCUGCUUGUAUACAGGCAGAGAAUAAAAAAUACUUGAAAAUUUCAUUUAGAAUCCAUGCAGAAUUCCAGGUGAAUCAACCACCUCUGUUCCCAUUUUGGUUCUCCCCAGCACAGUUUGCUGGAACCAUUAUCAUCAGUAGAGAUGGAUCCCACAUCAAGUCAUUCAAUAUGGCAGUCCCUGCUAACAAGAGUCUCAAUGUUGAUAUGGAGUGGAUGUUGAGCAGAGCAGAUGAUAACCAAGGAGAGCAAGAUCAAGGGAAAGCUGCAGAUGGUAGUGUAAGCCAAAGAAAUGAAGUGAGCAUGGAAGUUGACAUAGGUUUUCUUCCUCAAAUGGAGUUAAGGAGUUUGGGUCCAUCAGUAUUGAAAGAAAAUGAAACCCUGGAUGACAAGAACCCUGAACCAAAAGGCACAGCCACUGACGAACAAGAAAUGAAAUGGGAAUCAGAGAUAACAAAAGAGAAAGCAGAAAACAUCCUAGCUGCAUAUUUUUAUCCAUUCAAAAAGGUGACCUAUCAUCCAUUCAAGGAAGCCUUUCAACUGGCCAAACAACAAAACAAACUAGUGCACCAUAUUUUACUUUGGGGUGCUCUAGAUGACCAGUCAUGCUGAGGUUCCGGGCGGACACUCCGAGAAGGCCCCUUGGAGUGCCGCCCUAUUGUCAACCUCUUGAUGAACAAUUUCAUCAACUGUUGGUCCCUUGUGGAGGAGCUCAAGGGUUUGGCCAAACAUAAAGAUGAUGUAGAGACAGCAAGGCUAGCACAGAUGGCAUUAGACAGCUACAGGUUUCCUGUUGAAUCAAUGGUCAUGAUGCCUAAUGGCACACUAGUAAAUAGGAUGAAUGCUAAUUCCCUGAUGAAUGUGGGAGAUGAAGAAGCAAAUAAAAGGGACCAAGUCCAAGUCCUACCAGAAGGAUUCACUGACUUUGUGAGUUUGAAGUACUUUGAAUUCCUAGAAGAAGGACUGAAGGGUUUUGUUAAUUAAAA